AGAGUUGUUGGUGAUUUGAAACGGGGCACAUCAGAAUGCCAAAGAAAAAGAAAAACGGACAUAGUCCGUCCCGAGCACCAAUGCAGUCGGCUGAGUACGGAAGCGGUUCCGAGAGUCGAGCAUACGGGACAAAUGGGUCUUUUGUGACUCGGGCGGGCGCAACACAUUUAGGCUCCUCUACGCAUUACAGCAGCGGUCGGGUGGAAUCUCAAAGUCGGGACGAGAUCAUCCAGCGAAUGCAGGAGAUGUUUUCACAUCUGGAUCCAGAAGUCAUUUGCAUGGUGCUCUCAGAGGUCGAUUUUAAAGUGGACAAUGCAAUGGAUUCCCUUUUGGAGAUGUCAGACGCUGCUGAGGGCAUAGCACCACCUUCUCCACCCGUCUCAGGCUUUGAGCAGGCCGCUGCUCUCCUCAGAACCAACACCACUCAAACAGAUCUCCUCAGUGGGACAGCGCAGAGCUUUGUCUUUUCAAAUCAGCCUCGAUCUCAACCAGAGCUCAGUCCUGAUGAAACUUGCCUGACAGAGGAGUUUGAUGCUCUCUUAGAUCAAGAACUUCAAACUUUGACAACACAGCAGAUGCAAGCGAGCUCUCAUUCUCCAGUGUCCUCAAUACCUCUCUCUUCUCUGCCCUCUUCUCAAUUACUGUCUCUUGCAUCUCAGCCUCAAUGUCCAGCUCCCCAAAGCUUAGCAGAGCAUGCUGAGCACGUCUCUUACUCUGACCCUGGGCUCAGUGAGGCUCGUGGUGGUAGUUCUCCUGUGAAUGAAUUAAGUUUCGGUGGGGGUCAUAUCCCCGAGACAAAAACCAUAUCUCUUGACUUUAGUCACCUAACGCUGGAGGCCAACUCAACUGAACCACGGCCUUCUGCCUUUCAGGUUUAUCGUAGACCUGACCAACUACAUAACCAUGCAGGGGCAAAAAAGCACCAAGAAUCACUCAGCACACCUGCCAUGUUUUGGAACACGCAGGCUGCUGAAUUUCAUCCCCACUCUAUGGGACCACCCUUUAUUACACCUGUCAUUCCUAACCCUACACCUUGGAGUAGUAACCCUAUCCCUGCUUCACAGUGGCUGACUCAUGCCACUGUCAGACAAGCUCCAUUGAAGCCUUCUGCAACUGUACCGAAGUCAUGGACUCUGCCCACUAGGCACAGACUCAAACUGGAAGGGCAGGUGUUGGUCUUACUUAGAGGGGCUCCUGGAUCAGGCAAAACCACUCUUGCCAAUGCAAUGUUGGCGCAGAACCCUGGAGGGGUUGUUUUGAGCACUGAUGAAUAUUUUAUGCGAAAUGGGCAUUACUAUUUUGAGCCAAAUUUACUAGGAGAGGCCCACGAGUGGAAUCACCAGAGAGCAAAAGAUGCUUUUGAAAAAGGCCGGUCACCCAUCAUAAUAGACAACACCAAUACGCAAUGUUGGGAGAUGAAACCAUACGUUGCCAUGGCACAAAAACACAGGUAUAAGGUGCUGUUUCGUGAGCCAGAUACCUGGUGGAAGACUAAACCUAGGGAGCUGGAGAAGCGCACAAGACACCAGGUUACAAAGGAGAAGAUUAGACGCAUGUUAGAAAGGUAUGACCGAUUUGUCUCUGUCCAGACCAUCAUGAAUUCAAAUAAACCAGAACCAGUGCCAAGUGUUGCAGCUUUGACCCAAAAAGAGACAGAGCAACCUCAGCAGUUUUUACACCCUGGCCUCAGUCAUCCUGAUCUUGUUGGUGACUCUGACUUGAGCAAACUGAACUUGCACCUUUCCUCAUCUCUCCCUGAUGUGUCCUCUGUUAGCCAGAUUUACAACACCACUUCUGCAGGUGAAGAAGAAAGUGAAAUGGCCUUAUACACUUGCAAGGAGUCCAUGUUGACUUGUGAAAACGUUCAAGAGGAUGCUAGAACACCUCAGUCUGAUCUACUUGAUUCUGAAGGAUUGGACUCAGAGCUAGAUGCCUGCCUUGUUGACACUGACAAAGAAUUUAGUAAUUUAAGAAGUGGGAUAACUGAGGAAUAUAUAGUGUCAGAACAUGAGACGUUUCAUGAGCCACCUGUGGCAUUUUCAGAGUCCAUUGCUCAACGUAUAAGGAAGGUCAGAGAAAAUGAUAGGAAACCCCAGGUAAAAAGUGUCAUUGAUCAGCCUGUGAACCUUGACCCCAUUCUUGACUCUUCAGAACCAAAAAAGGAGAAAAGAUGUGAGGGUGAGCCUUUUGUUGAGGACAAAGUAGUGCGACCAGAGCUUUUAGAUUUUGUGGGAGACUGGCCACUGGUAUCUCAAGACCAGCGUCAAGGAAGAUGUCAGAAUUCUAGGAAUAACAUCUUUAAUAACAGCGGUUUGGAAGCUAGUGUUGUUGAACACCAAGAUAACAAAGAUAAAGAUAAGGAUGGUCAAGAUAAAGAUGUCAGUACAGACAGCACAGCUGAAUUUCAGAAACUAGUCGAUCUACUGCAGGGUGGAGGAAGAAACUCCUUUCCAGAUUUUUACCACACUCCGUCUUCAAAUACACUGACUACUCUACAGUCGUCUUUAUUAAGUGUAAAAGAAAGUGACCGGGAUCUAGAGCCAAUGGUUUUGCCUGAACUCCCUGACUGCGUACUCGAGAGGAAGUACUCUGAGGGCACUAACCCAAGGAAGGAUUACAUUUAUUCUCCAAGUACACAAGAACAGGGAGCAGACCCAAUUGGGCCGUCUAACCAGAUGUCUUCUGAAAAGAGCACACAGGACGAGAUUGAGCAGGAAGACAAUGGAAAAGGUUCAAAGGUUGUCAUAGACUCAGAAGGCAGUCUGGAGAGAAGGAAAGGGCUCAGCCGAAGAAGUGGAAAAUCUUGUAAAUUGGCCCUCACCUUCACUAAUCAAAGCACUUCGUCACCCUGCUCACAAUCUCCAGUUGUUUCACAUUUACUCUCUGAAAUUACACCUGCAGGAGGAACACCUUCAUUGCCCAUGCUGUGUUCCAGUACCUCAGCCCAAACAUACCCUCAGGACUUUGCUUUGCUUUGGCGAAUUGACCAGCAGAAAUCUUUUGAAUUAGCUUCAGACUCAUCUAAUAGUAGGAUGUUUGUUUUGGAAGGAAACUCUUUGCGUUUCACUCCAAAAAUAAAUGAAGAGGAAUCUGCUUGGCAGCACAGAGUACCAUAUCGUGUGGUCCAUGAAAAAGGUUCUCAGGUGGAAGAUAAUGACUUUAGAGAAUCCAACUCCAAACAACAAAACCUUGAAAUUCUGAGCGGUCAUUUCAGACAUGUUUCUGUUGAUAUACUGGAGGACCUUUAUGAAAAGUGCCAUCAGGAUAUAGAGUGGACAACUAACUUGUUGCUAGAUUCUGGAGAAAGACUAUAUAAGGAAGAUAAUGAGGUUGACUUGGGCUCUUUGGUUCCUAUGCAAGAGUCAUGUGAAUUAUUAAUAAAACCAACAGAAACUGUGGUUUCCACGCAAAGUGACCAGGCAAGAGCUGUGCUCUCUGAUGACUCCAGCAACAGUUCACUAAGUAGUAUUAGUCCUAAGUCCCAAGAAACUAACCCUAGUGAGGUUAGCCCUGCGAGUGAUGAUUGGAGCCCAGGUCAAAGUUCACUAAGCGAUGCUGAAGGAUAUGAUGAAGAAAGCAUGACAGAGGAGAUAUGCGAGUCUGAACCUAGCCAUGAAACAGUAAAGCAGCUAAAAGAAGACACUAAAAUACAACUGGCUGUUCCAGCGAUUAAAGAAGAACUCGCAGAGAAAACAGGUGAACAAGAUGCUGGACUGCAAGACACAUUGGUGUCCCAAAGUGAGCAAAUUGUUCGGCUUCUUGAGGAAGAUUUGAAGGAUUGGAAAGAAGAGAAGGGUAGAGGUGAGGAAAGGGAGGAUGAUGAGACAAAAGCAGAGGUAAAUGCCUUAACACAGUUGCUACUGAGUCAGGUUGAUGAAAUGGAGCAGAAAGAGGAGGAGGAGAGGAAGGAACGAGAAAACGAGAGAAGAAGAACUGGACUGGGAAAGAGAGAGCAGAGUUCAAUGGAUAUCCAAUCCCUGGAGCUGAAACUUCCUACUGAACUUGCAUUACAGCUCACUGAGCUUUUUGGACCUGUUGGGAUCAGUCCAGGUGCGUUUUCAUCAGAUGACUGUGCAGUGCAAAUAGACCUGAACUUAGCCAAACUGUUGCACCAGAAAUGGAAAGAGACUAUCCAAGAGAAGCACAGACUGGCAGCUCUGUCCUAUCAGCUAAUGCAAGAGUGUCCUACCCAAUGGGGAAGCAAAAGCAAGCUGAGGGACCAAACCGCUUUGCAUGAAGAAAUUCCUUUCAUGGAUCAUUGGAAUGCAUCCUGUGCUCCUGUCUCACUAAGGGACAUCAUGAUUGAAGAGCAGGUCAUGCAAGACAGCGUGGAAAAGUGCAGGUCGAGUCGGAAGGAUCUGGAUAAGAAAGACAGUGCAGCAAAGUUAAAGGAGAACCAGCUGUUUUCCAUGUUUCCCACAAUAGACAGACAUUUUCUCAGGGAUAUCUUCAGAGAUCACAAUUACUCUCUUGAGCAGACCGAACAGUUUUUGCAAACUCUUUUGGAUGAUGGGCCAGUCAAAAAUGUAGUGGCUCCUGAACCUUCACCUCAACGCAAUGGCACAUACAGAGCUCCGAGCAAAGAGCGGAAAUGGAAACCUAGGGAUGGAGAAGUUGAUGCAGCUCAGUUCCAGGAUUCGGAGGAUCCAGAAUAUGAUGACUUCCGCACAGAGGCAACACUGCAGAGACGUCAGCAGAUAGAAUGUUUUAACAAAGCAGCUGAAGCCCACCGUCAAGGACGCAAAGAUGUGGCUAGUUUCUACGCACAACAGGGUCACAUGCACGGAGAGAAGAUGCGUGAAGCAAACCAUCGAGCAGCAAUGCAGAUAUUCCAACAAGUGAAUGCUUCACUUUUGCCUCAGAAUAUUCUAGAUCUCCAUGGACUGCAUGUGGACGAGGCCAUUCAUCAUCUUAGUCAGGUGCUCCUUGACAAAUGUUUAGAAUUUCAUCAGGGUGUUUGUCCACCUCAGCUGUCAGUCAUCACUGGUAGAGGCAAUCGCAGCCAAGGUGGAGUCGCUCGCAUCAGGCCUGCUGUACUAGACUACCUCAAAAACCAACACUACAGUUAUACUGAGCCUAAGAUCGGGUUGGUGCUGGUUACACUUCAUUGAAAGAGCUGCUACGAUGAAGCUUUUACUUAAAAAUUUCUCUCUUCACUGCCUUAAUCCAAAGUGUCUUCGCUAAAGAUCAGUAGUGCCAGUAAUAAUAAUAAUGUUUUUUGUCUUUUAACUGCAUACAUGUCUAUUUUCACGGCUUUUUGUAUUGUGAAAAAGUUUAUGUAAGACAUAAAACUAUCAGGGUACUGCAUAUUUACCACAGCAUUUUACAUUGUAUUGUAUAUACAUGUUAUGCUUUCACCACAUUUUAAUAUAGUUAGCUUAAAUAGCAUUUUCUCAAAAUCAAUGUCGUAUUUUAUUAAUGGUAUAUUGUUGACGCAUACUUUUGAAUUAUGAGUGCAGUACCACACAAGUUUUAUAAGAUCUUGUUUGCUGUCUAGCGUCAGGGUAAAUGUGAAGGUCACAGAAUGCUAUACAUAUCUGGAAAUAUAAAAGCUGAUCCUCACUUUGCUUUGCAUUUUACUUUGUGAGCAUCAGAAAUAUUCAUUUUAUGCUGCUUUUUGAGUUUUAGCUCAAGGGUUUUAUAUUUCCAGUUUCAAAUAUUGUCAUGUAUAUAUUUUAGAAAGCGUAACUCUGCUAUGCAAAUCACAAUUCUUAUUGUAAUUCUUGUGUGUAAAUUUGUGGAAAAUAUUUUUUGUGAAACAAAAUUUUGAUCCUCAAAAGAUUUUAUAUGUAGCAAUUUGUUUUAUUUUGUUUGAAAUU